UCCAUCCAAAUAUCUAAAACAAAUUUGAAGGUAAACCAACAACAAAGGAAGCAAAGAAGAAAAAAUUUUAACCUACUAAAUAAACAAGAAUAGAAAAGUGGAAACACAAAAAAAGUUACCAGCUUAAGGAAUUAAAAAAACAUUCUAAAAACAAUACGAAGGACAUAUGUCAAACAUACGAAUUCGUGUAAAAGAUUCAGCAUAAACAUAGUGGGGAGAAUCAGCCGAUAGAAUUGUGGACAGUUUUUACACUUUCAUUCGGACAGAGAGCGUGUGGCUGGCAUGUCAGACGCCUGAGUAAAGAAGGCUGUCGCAGGAGGAACUAUAGCUCAGAUUGAUUGAUUUGUUCCCUGCAAUGAGGCAGAAGACAUAAUCGUAGUAUCCAAUACGAUUUAUGAAAAGCACCUGUGAUUUAAUUUUAAAGCCCAAGAAGUAGUAACUAUAACAACAGAAGCCCAGGAGGCUAAGAAAGACACUUCCAUUACCAACGCAAAGUGUUUCAGAACUGCAUGUAAGCGAAUAACGAGAACGUGAAAACUUAAUCAUAAAGAAUUUUUCCAAGUGUUGGUUUUGUUGGUGCUAACGGAAAGAAGGAGCCAUAGAUGAAAUGUAGCGCGGAUCUAUGGUCGGCGAACGUGAUAGAGACCGUGAAACGGUACGCUGGGAAACGGGUGCAUCAACACCACCGACCCAAUACAAUAAUGGAGUAUUACAAAUGGUGGGACAAUUGCAUGGUGGACAGGCUACAAGCCAACAACAACAGCAGCAACAACAGCAAUUGUCAAUACAACGCGAUCAGCAACAGCUGCCACAGCAAGUUUUGCAGAAGCACAAACAAUUGCAACAGCUGCAGCAGGAUUUCAACGUCCAGCAACAGCAACAGGGCAACAAUUGGAUCGAGAACGAAACACUUGGACGUCACAGUGCAACAUCGACCACAACAACGGCCAAUAUCGGGGACGGCUGUGAUAAUCAGCCCUACUACGACACCAGCGGUAAUGUCGAUUGGAGCCGGGCAAUGGGAACCGGUGGAACUGGUACAUACAUUAGCAGCGAUGGAUCUCUCCCAACAGCUGGCAGUGUUGUUUAUAACGUUGGCCAAAGUCCUGCAAACGGCCGAGGGCCCCUCCACAAUCCCGGCGCCCCUCUUACUAAUAACAUGGAUUAUAUUGAUGGUAGCAGCAUUGCUGGCGCAUCCGCCGCAACUACGCACACUGCUGGCGGUAUGCAGGGCGGCACAUCGGUCGCUUCCGUUGGAUGGGCGCCAGAUGCUACAAAUGCACCUACCACCACCGCCAUCACGACCGCCACAUCUGCCUCUGGUGGAGGCACUGGCAAAGAAGUUCGCUACGCUCCAUUCCCAAUCACCUCGCCCACACAUUCGAAUCCCACAACUUCCCAGUUGCAUCAGAGCCAAAUCAAUGCGGGCGCUCUCCAACGGACACAUUCCAGAUCCAUGUCCUCCAUCCCGCCUCCUGAGCCUUUUAUGAUAGCACAGUCGAAGCAAAUGAACAAUCGCGUGUCUAUCAACGUCGGCGGCGUCAAACACGAAGUCCUCUGGCGCACACUAGAACGCCUUCCCCACACCCGCCUGGGACGACUGCGCGAAUGCACAACCCACGAGGCCAUCAUUGAACUCUGCGAUGACUAUUCGCUCGUAGACAACGAGUACUUUUUCGACCGGCAUCCCAAAAGCUUCAGUUCUAUCCUCAAUUUUUAUCGCACUGGCAAACUGCACAUCGUAGAUGAGAUGUGUGUGCUCGCUUUUAGCGAUGAUCUCGAGUACUGGGGCGUCGAUGAGCUCUAUCUGGAAUCCUGCUGUCAACACAAGUACCACCAGCGCAAGGAAAAUGUGCACGAGGAAAUGCGCAAGGAAGCCGAAUCACUGCGGCAGCGGGACGAAGAAGAAUUCGGUGAGGGGAAGUGCGCUGAGUAUCAAAAGUACUUGUGGGAGUUGCUCGAGAAACCGAACACAAGUUUUGCAGCGAGGGUUAUCGCUGUGAUAUCCAUAUUGUUUAUAGUCCUGUCUACCAUAGCCCUGACGUUGAACACCCUACCACAAUUACAACAUUAUGACGUUGAUACGGGUACACCAACUGAUAAUCCACAAUUGGCUAUGGUUGAGGCCGUUUGUAUAUCGUGGUUUACACUAGAGUAUAUACUUAGGUUUAGUGCGUCGCCUGACAAGUGGAAAUUUUUCAAAGGCGGCCUAAAUAUAAUCGAUCUAUUGGCAAUACUCCCCUAUUUUGUUUCACUGUUCCUCUUGGAGACAAACAAGAAUGCAACGGACCAGUUCCAGGAUGUGCGCCGGGUGGUGCAAGUAUUCCGCAUCAUGCGCAUCCUGCGAAUCCUUAAGCUGGCCCGUCACUCAACGGGCCUGCAGUCGUUAGGCUUUACGCUACGCAAUUCAUAUAAGGAACUCGGUCUACUAAUGCUGUUCCUGGCUAUGGGCGUUCUCAUAUUUUCUUCGCUGGCAUAUUUUGCCGAAAAGGAUGAAAAGGAUACAAAAUUCGUUUCAAUACCGGAAACAUUUUGGUGGGCGGGUAUUACAAUGACAACUGUUGGCUACGGGGACAUCUAUCCCACUACUGCACUGGGAAAGGUUAUUGGUACUGUGUGUUGCAUAUGCGGUGUUCUGGUAAUCGCUUUGCCUAUUCCCAUCAUAGUUAACAAUUUCGCUGAAUUUUAUAAGAAUCAGAUGCGGCGAGAGAAGGCGCUAAAACGCCGCGAGGCGCUCGAUCGUGCGAAGCGUGAGGGUAGCAUUGUUUCUUUCCAUCAUAUCAAUCUGAAAGAUGCCUUUGCCAAAUCCAUGGAUCUCAUCGAUGUCAUCGUCGACACAGGUGAAAAGAAUACUCUAAUUGAGCCGCCACCAAUUCCAUCCUUUUGUACACCUCGUCGCCGAGCCUUAUCAGCCCGAAUACAAGAACUGAAUCGCAGUCUUCUGGAGGAGCGUGACGGUCAACAGCAAAACAGUUACAGUGAUGCCGAUGACAGCGGAUAGAGUACUUCCUAAUUUUACAAAAUAGUUUUAAGAAUAUAAGAAAACACAAUGUCCUUGUUAAUACAACAUUACAAUACAUAGAUCCAGAAAUACACAUUUCCUGGUGGUGACCUUUGGCUAUUCGAUCGGUGGCAAAGUAUUCUUCGAAGUAUCCACCCAACCAACAAUAGGUAGAUAUGUGUGUCGAUUUUCGACUCAUCCUGGAAACAUUUUGAGCAAAAGGUUACUUUGGUCCUAGCUGUGUUACACUACUUGUUUCAGCAGGCCUAAAAUUGAUUUACCCCUGGCAGCAGUCACUUUCAGAGGUGGGAAUUUUAGUUAAUUUUAGAGAUCAAUCCAUUUAGUUCCGUUCCACAAGAGCAACUAGUUCUUAGUUCUUUAGUUCCUUUUAAAUUUUUGACCAUCUUUAUGGUUUCAUGCAAAACUGAUAUUUUUGAAAUUUCCAAUAAGAUUUUUGUAUUUCUACAUAUACUCGGUACAAAUACUAUAAUUUGUCAUGGCUCAUCUGCAGACAAAAUUUCAUCCAAUUAUUUUUAAAAAUAAUUUUGAGAUUUUGUGAAAGUUUUUCUCAACUUUCCCGAAAGCCGAACUGAAUACUCUGUUUAAGCAAGUAGUUGCGACGCGGAAAAAGUACGAAUGUAGGCGUAGAAAAGCCAUUUGGAUAUGUUGAUUAUAGGAAACCAAUAAAUGUGAUUACCACCUUUUUGCAUAAAUCAUUACAUAGAAAGCUAUUGGUAAUUUAAAUAAAUUACACUUUUAUUUAGUUGUUGCAUUAAACUGAGAAACAUGGCUUAUUAAUCAGUUGAUCUAUGAGUUAACAAAAGGCAGAACAAAUGGAUAUGUUAAAAAAAGGUGUGCACAAAAUAAAAUGGAACUAUGGAACUGCAAGAACGAAAGAGAUGGAACUAGUUCCCGCAGUUGGGACUUGUUGGGAUUAAGCAUCGAGUAUUAAAUAAUAUUUAGUAGGAAAAGAAACUAGAAGUUUAUUAAACAUUAUUCAAAAAAAAUCGUCUCUUAGAUUUCAAGAAAUUUAAAUACGGUCAUUUAUAAAGACGGCCAAUUUCCGAAAUAUUGGGCACUAAUAAUAGGCGAAACUGAAAUACAGCUGUAGAAGCAAGGAACUUCAGAGCAACUUCUUUCAUAUUAAAUUAAAUUAUGAAGGCGGUAAACCCAUUUAUAUUGUUUUUAACUUUCAACAUUUAAAAUAAUUUACCAAAUUCGUCUAACUUUUUAGACUUUUUCAGGUUUAACAAAUCCUAGUAUAUGUAAAGGGACCCAAAUCCUAUCCUAGCUAUUAUCUAUAACUGAUCAAAUACUUAUCCCUUUUCUAGUUGUCACUGCUAUUAACGACAGAGGAAAAAAUUAAGAAUAUUUUUCGAUUCUUGAACUUUUAUAUUCUGUUCGUAAGAACAUCUGCUUUAUAAGAAUAUUUUCGUUAUGAAUGACUACUGAUUGGACUGGAUUCACUUAUGAAUGAGGCGAAAUGAAAGAUCUUUCAAUUUGUUUCCCAAAUUAAUUAAAUCUUGAAGGUGGUAAACCCAUUUAUAUUGUGUUUAACUUUCAGCAUUUAAAAUAAUUUACCAAAUUCGUCUAACUUUUUAGACUUCUUCAGGUUUAACAAAUCCUAGUAUAUGUAAAGGGACCCAAAUCUUAUCCUAGCGAUUAUCUAUAACUGAUCAAAUACUUAUCCCUCUUCUAGUUGUCACUUCUAUUAACGACAGAGGAAAAAGUUAAGAAUGUUUUUCGGUUCGUGAACUUUUAUAUUCUGUUCGUAAGAAUAUCUGCUUUAUAAGAAUAUUUUCGUUAUGAAUGACUACUAAUUGAAGUGAAUUCCCUUAUGAAUGAGGCGAAAUGAAAGAUUUUUCAAUUUGUUUCCCAAAUUAAUAUCAGCACAUGAUGUACGGCAAAAUUUCAAAUAGUUUCCCAUCUAGUUUAUUGUAGCACUACUGCGAAAAGAAAGAUCUUUCCAUUUGUUCCUUAAAUUAAUGUCAGCACAUGAUAUACGGCGAAAAUUCACAUAAUUUCCCACACAGUUUGAAGUAAAUAACCUCUUUGUUUUGCAAACCCAUGCGAAAAUGGGGGUUGAUUAAAGGUAUUUCACCACAUUUUCUUCUUUCUAGAAAUAUCGCAAUGCGAAUAGUUAACAAAUAUAGCGGCAAUUUUGGAAUAGAAAAUGAAACCUUAUGUUAGGGUUGCCUUUGCAACAAAGCGUAUUAUGAACGUGUCUUAGAUCUUUUACUUCAUGCACCUUAUACCUUAGUACCUCGGAAGAACUUGACACCCAUUUAAACAAAUACCUCUAAAACAAAUCUUCAGUUUCCGAUGCAAAUCCUUGGAACAUCGAUCGAAUGCCAAAUUUUAUAUGCCAUCAAUAAACAUUCCAGCAAACAUUAGCAUUAGUUCAAGUUAGGUUUGUAUAGAAAUAGAUCGGAUAUCAGGAAAAAUAAAAACAACUAUAGUAUAGAAAUAUAUGAAAUUAAAGAAAAGAUCCACAACCACAUCUUACAUCUUUGCAAUAAGGCAAGACGCCCGCAAACACAUUUGUAUGUAUAGUUAUAUAUCCAUUAAUAAUAAAAAACAAACAUGAAUGAAAAGUUAACAAAUAAUGACAUACUACAUGUAAUGUUACUGUAAUACAAUAGUGUAAUUAUUAGGUGUACUAGGAAAGUUAGCAUAGAAUAUCAAUGAGACCAUGUAAAAAUGAUGAAGGAAAAGGUAUUUUAAAUCUUUUCAACUAAAUUUAGUUGCAGUUGUGAUUCCUGUAAAAUGUAAACGAAGCUAAAAACUUACCGAAACAUCCAAAUAUGUAUUAAAUGUUGUUCACCAAACACUUCUCUCCUUUCUGUUGUUGCUAAUCUAAUCUGAACAACAGCUCCUUACUAGGCAUUUGUUCAAUUAGUUUGUGAUUUAAGCUUUCGUCAGGACAUUGAAUCUUUUUCUAUUAAUUUGCCUUUUUAAGUUUUUUUUUCCAAAGCUCAAUUUGUAACGUUUAUUUUGGCUACACACAUUUCUUUGCAAAAGUACAGCACAAGAAUGAAUGAUUUUUCAAAUAUAAUCAGCACUUGAUAGAGAAAAUUUAAUCACUUUUAUUAUUGAAAACGCAAGACUGUGCAAUUUAUCUACUCUUUUUAAAACGUUCUUACCUGAAAUUGGCCGCAACACGAUGAUUUGAAAACGACAUCACAAUACUUUGGGAACUUUAGUUGUUCUACAAACUCUUGCUCUUUGAAAAUCUUUAUCAUCUUUGAUAACUUGUAAUCUUGUUUUUCCAUAGGCAACAUGAAAUCUAACCAGAAGAAACAGAAAUUCGGAAAAUUAACAAAAAAAGUACAGAGUUACGUAUAUUUAGGCCUUGAAAAAGCUUCAAUUUUAGCAGAUAAACUAAAGCUGAUGUACCUUAUAUUUGACUAUUAUGGCGAGUCAUUGAUAUUUUGUAUUUCUUUACAUUAUUUGCCUCAAGCAUGUCAAGCGUCGAAAUUUAUAGCAAUGAGAAUGAAUAUCGCUAUAACGUAAGAUUUUUAUUGAUUACAGAAAAGAUAUUGCAAGACACACUGGCGGAUCGGUACACCCUUAGUCGAAAUUUUUGGUUAGGACUAUCUUCAAUACAAACGUAUUCUCUGGUCAUCGUCUUACGGUCUUCAUUUCAUAGCUUGCUUAUUUUUGGUAAUUUAGAUAGUUACAAUAGAUUCAUUGGAAUUUCCCUUUGUUAACCAUAGGUUGCCACCGAAUGUCAAUAACUGCAGCCGAUGUACCACGUUUCUUAUUUUGCCAGUUUGUCCGAUUUUCACCGAAUAAAAUACUAAAAUCUCAUCAUGUGAAAUUCUAGACAUAGAAAAGCUGAAAAAAAAAAUCAACACUAGACAAAAUACAUGAGGAUUUGGUGUCUAUCUCGAGGAACUGUCUUUUAUGUUCCUGUUUAACCGGAAUAUAAGUGUAAUUCGGGAAUGGUUCUUAAAUUUGCUCUACCCUAUCGAUAGGUUCAGUCAUUACAGUCAUUGACUACAUUACUACCGCAGACAUUUAUAGCCUAACCUUAUGCACAUAAUCUCAUUUAGUUUCUUGAAAAGUAUAAACAAGGGGACUUAAAUCAUAUAUCACAGUAAUGUGAUUUUUGACAAAGCCUUGAAUGGAAUUAUAAUUAACACACAUGAAAAGUCAGCGGCAAGAAAUUGACUUAGAUUCGUUGAGAACUUAAUUUCUCAUUAGGAAUCGAGCUUUAACCAUAUCAUGGGUUCUAGCAGCAUUUGUCCUGCAUUGUGUUUGUUUGAACUCAUGCAAAAUCUGCAAUAUCAAUUAAGCCGUAAUCGCGCAUUAUGUAUUAUUAAAGUUACUAUAAACUUAUCAAUUGAUUUUUUUUAUUACAAAACUACGAUUUGUGAUAGUUAAUUAAUGUACUCAUAUCUAUUAUUUUUUGCAUGCUAACACAAUACAUAUUUAUAUAAAU